AUGAAUUUUGAUCCUCCUGUCUUAAGAAAUCAAAACCAAAACCUUCUAUACUUCAAUGAAAAUUCUUUCUCUAAUGAUAAUAUCUCUUGGGAAUUAGAAGAUAUCGUUGAUUUCUUCAAUGGUGAUAUCAAUUUCAACAAGGACUCACUAUCACAAACAAAAGAAUCAUUAUUAUUACCAUUAUCAUUACCUGCUGAAUCCAACUCUUCAUAUCCAUUACUAAGCAAUGGAUCACUUGAAGUCUCAUCUAAUACUACUUACACACAAGUGAUCAAAGAGAAACAAACAUCAUUCUCAUUGCCCUUAAAAAAAAACACAUCAUCGUCGUCCUUGCCACUACCACCAAUUAAAGAAAGUAACACAAGGGUAUUUAGAGGAGUACGAAGAAGGCCAUGGGGGAAAUUCGCGGCGGAGAUAAGGGACUCAACAAGAAAAGGGGCUAGAGUAUGGCUUGGAACAUUCAACACGGCCGAAGAAGCUGCUUUAGCUUACGACCAAGCUGCUUUUUUAGCAAGAGGUUCAUUGGCAGUGUUGAAUUUUCCAGAGGAUGUAGUUAAAGAAUUACUCAAAGAAAUGGCUAGAAAUUCUGAGCCUUUAGAAGAAGGUACUUCUACUUCCCCUGUGUUGGCAAUAAAGAGAAAAUACAUCAAGAGAAAAUCACCCAAUAAGGUUAGCAAAAAGAAAAUGAAAACUGAUCAUAAUGGUGAUCGAACAAAGAGAGAGACCAAUACUAAAUCUAAAAAUGUGUUUGUGUUUGAAGAUUUGGGUGCUGAAUAUCUUGAGCAACUAUUGAGCUUAACUUCUUAG